AUGAAUGCUGAUAUAGAAUAUUCAAAUAAUGAGUGUGAUGAGGUAGGAAUUGAUAAGGAGAUUGGAGGUGAUGAAACUAUUGGAGAACCAACGGUUGGAAUGAAAUUUUCAUCCGUAGAAGAAGUGCAUGCUUACUAUAUGAAGUAUAGUAAAAAGAAGGGGUUUGCAGUAUCCAAAAGAAAUUCUAGUAAGGAUGAGGAUGGGAUGGUAAAAUGGCUUUGCUUGGCAUGUGCGCGAGGAGGCACAUCAAAGAGUAGGGCUGCCAAUGUUAUGAAACCAAGACAAACAGUAAAGAUGGGGUGUAAGGCUAGGAUUAAUGCUGUAUUCAAUAAUGAAGGUGGAUAUACUAUAUCCAAUGUGAUAUUGGAUCACACACACAGCUGUAGUCCGGGAAAGUCAAGACAUUUCAAAUGCUUUAAGAAGGUUGAUGCUCGUGUUGCUAAGAGACUUGAAAGAAAUGACGAGGCAGGAAUAAGGUUGUCAAAAAAUUUCAAGUCUAUGGUUGUUGAGGCAGGCGGUUAUGAGAAUGUAACAUUCAAGGAGAAGGAGUGUCGAAACUACAUUGACAAUGCACGACGAUUUCGCCUCGGGGUAGGAGGCGGUGUAGCUCUAUGUAACUAUUUUGAAGAUAUGCAAAAAAGAAAUCUGGGGUUUUAUUAUAAGAUAAACGUUGAUAAUGAGAUGCGGUUAAAGAAUGUUUUGGGCAGAUGCCCGAAGUAG